AACGCUGCGUGAUAGUGGCAGCCCUACGUGACAGUUUUACAGCGACGAUCGGGUAAUAUAAUGGCUAACCAUGCUGAAAAUUUGUCAGUUCUACUUUUGAAGUUCUCUUUGCUUCUUCCCCUACGAUCUCACCGAUUUAUUCAACAUGUCUCUGGAUGAGCAAUUCAAGACCGUCUCCGACACAGUGAAGAACUGGUCGAAGAAGCCCUCCAACGAUGAGAACCUGGCGCUCUACUCGCUGUUCAAGCAGGCCAACUUCGGAGAUGUCAACAUCCCCCAGCCCAGCGGCAUGGUAGAGAGUGCCAAGUGGAAGGCGUGGAGCGGCCGCAAGGGCAUGUCCGCUGACGAAGCCAAGAAGCAGUACAUCGACCUCGCCAACCAAUGGCAGGCCAAAUACGCCUAAACACUAGCCUGAUUUAAUCCUAGGUAGUUUUAAAUUAUGAAUAGUUAAGUUUAAAAGAAGAAUCUUUUCUAAAUUGUAAUCUUAAUUGACUGUUUUGAAUAAAUGUUUUUGUUUCGUUAAA